AUGAUCAUAUUUUUAUUGACUAUACAACUUAUCAGCAUAUCCCAAGCACAAGAUAAAAGUGAAGAAGCAUGGAAUGCCUUUUACAUUCAGCAGGUGACAGAACCAAUGCAGCAUUCAGAAGGACCUCACUGGGUACCAGAAGAGCAGGCUCUUUAUUUUGUCGACAUUUCUGGUCAUGGGGUACACAGGUAUCAACCCUUCACCCAACAACAUACCUCAAUAAAACUAAAUGAUACCGUGAGUUUGAUAAUACCAGUCCAAGGAAGAAGUACAGAAUUUAUUAUUGGAUAUGGAAGAAAGAUAUCUCUACUGAGUUGGGAUGGAAUUUCUGAUGUGUACACUCUUCAUCAUAAAUUUGAAGUAGACAGAGACAAACCUGGUAAUAGAUUCAAUGAUGCAAAGGCAGAUCACCUAGGCAGGCUUUGGAUAGGCAAGUACAAAACAACAGUUUAUAAAACACAACUGAUCAUAAUCACUUCCUGUCAAAGGGAUCAGACCAAACUUUCAUAUUUCCUGGUUGUAUUUCAUCUUGUUUUAAAUGAGCCCUGUUCAUAG